AUGCACAGAAGAUCUUCCAGCUUGGCCUUGGACAAGAUUGGAUCGCCGCGAAUCGACAACGAGGGCAUCGCGAAUCUCAUCCGCCGCUGCGCUGCCGCCGGGGAUCUUGACGAGGGGCGCCGGAUCCACGCCCAGAUCAAAGCUCACAGCUGUGGCUAUGGCGGCGAGAGGUAUCAUGGGAACCUCUUGGUGGAGAUGUAUGGCAAAUGCGGUAGCGUGGAUGACGCACUCCUCGCGUUCAAUGGCAUCCAGCGCAAGAACCUCUUCUCCUGGAACAUCAUGCUGGGCGCGCUCGUCCACAACCGGCGCGGCGCGCAGGCGCUGGAUCUCUUCCAGGAGAUGGAUCGCCACUCGAUCGAGGCGUCCAACGUGACGUUUGUGACGCUCGCGGGCGCGUGCUCCGAGCUGGGGGAUCUCUGGCGCGCCAAGGCCCUCCACGCCCGGAUCGCCGCCACCGAGUUUGCGGCACAGACGAUCGUGGGGAAUACGAUCGUGGGCAUGUAUGGGCGGUGCCGGAGCAAUGGGCAUUCCAAGGAGGCGCUUGGGAUUUUUUUCGCGAUGGAUCCCGAGGGCGUCAAGCCCAACAGGGUGACUUUUCUCGCAGCGCUGGACGCUUGCUCGAUCGAGACCGAGCAAUCCAGCAACCUGGGACGAGAGAUCCACUUCAGGAUCAUCGAGUCGGGGCUAGAAUCCGAGGAGACGAUCGCCAAUAGCCUUGUAAACAUGUACGCGAAGUGCGGCAGAUUCGAUCAAGCCUUGCGCUUGUUCCAAAAGUUUCUUCCUGGGACUGUGGUGUCGUGGACCGCGAUGAUCACUGCAAAUGCCCAUUGGGGGCAUGGACGGUCGAGCAUCCGGCUGUUUGGCGAGAUGGAUCUCGAGGGAAUCGCGCCGGAUGAGAUCACUUGCAUUAGUGUUCUUGACGCGUGUGCGAGAGAGAGAGACCUCGAUCGGGGCCGGGAAGUGAUCGAGCUCGUUUUUGAGCGAGGUUUCCAGCACCACGUUGUGGUGGCCACCGCGAUCGUGAGGCUGUAUAGCGAGAGUGGCGAUCUGGAUCGGGCGAGAGAGGUUUUCGAUUCGAUCGAGAGGGGCAAGAGGACGGAUGUGUCGUGGUCGACGAUGAUCCAAGCGUAUGCCCAGCACGGGUUUCCCAGAGAAUCCAUCGAUCUGUUUGACGAGCUCUCCGUGGAGGAGAAAGAAGGCCAACGAAUCAACGAGAUGGCGAUCGCGGCGGCACUGGAAUCAUGCGCAAUGGUAUCGGAGUGGAAGCGAGGAAGAGCGAUCCAUUCUCGAGCUAUGGCGAUGGGCUUCGAUCGAUCGUCCAGCGUCGUAGGCUCCGCGCUCGUCAGCUUCUAUGGCCGCUGUGGAAAUCUCAAAGAGGCGAAGCAAGCUUUCUCCAUGGCUGCGAGGAGAGACGUGAUCUCCUGGACAGCGAUGGUGUCGGCAUUUGCUCACCAUGGCUGGGGCGAGGAAGCGCUCGAGAUCUUCCACGCCAUGAUCCUCGACGGUGUUCUUCCCAAUUCGGUCACGCUCCUCAGCAUUCUUUCGGCUUGCAGCCACUCUGGCCUGCUCAAGACAGCCCGCGAGAAGUUCGUGUCGAUGGAAGACGAUUUUGGGAUCCAUCCGCUGAGCGAUCACUACGAUUGUCUCGUCGAUAGCCUCGGGCGAGCCGGGAGGAUAGGAUCCGUGGAGGAGAUGCUGGAGUUCAUGCCCUUCCAUCCGGGGGCUGUGGUUUGGAUGAGCUAUCUCUCGGCCUCCAAAGUUUUGGGGGAUUUCGUGAGAGGGGAACGAGCGGCAAGGAUGCUGCUUGAUCUCGAUCCGGGGAACUGCGCAGCGUAUUUAGUGGUUUCCAACAUGUAUGUCUCUACUGAGAACGAGGAAUGA